AUGAUAAGACAGUCAUUAAAGUUUCGAAAAACUCUUACAAUUAUAUGUAUUGUAGCUUUAUUGAUCUUUAUCUUUCUUAAACUUAAGCAAGACAAAGUUUACGACAUUCAAAUUGCGAAGGAGGAUCAGAAAUCAGAUGAUGUGCAGGGUUUGAGCUAUAGAGACUUUAAUCGGCAACCAAAAAAAGAUAUACCUAAGGAGGAAAGUAUUAGAAAAAUGGAAACAAAAAUUGUAGGUGAUAAUACAAAACAGGAACUGCAAGAGGCUAAAGCCAGAAUAGAACAACUGGAGAAGAAGUUAGCUGUUUUAGAAGGCAGAAUACCACAAAAAUAUCCAGAAGUUAAAUAUCUUGGAUAUAAACACAGAAAAAGGAUUUUGGUAACAGGAGGUGCAGGUUUCGUAGGCUCACAUUUAGUUGAUGUUCUGAUGAUGCGUGGACAUGAAGUUAUUGUAGUUGAUAAUUUUUUCACUGGACGAAAGAGGAAUGUUGAACAUUGGUUCGGACAUAGGAACUUUGAGAUGAUCCACCAUGACAUUGUUAACCCGCUAUAUGUUGAGGCAGACGAAAUAUACCAUUUAGCUAGUCCAGCUAGCCCACCCCAUUACAUGCAGAAUCCAGUCAAAACGAUAAAGACGAAUACACUGGGAACAAUUAAUAUGCUAGGAUUAGCACGCCGUGUCGGAGCUAAAAUUCUCAUAGCAAGUACUUCUGAGGUGUAUGGCGACCCCAUGGUGCACCCACAGCCGGAGUCUUAUUGGGGCCAUGUCAAUCCGAUAGGUCCAAGAGCAUGUUACGAUGAAGGGAAAAGAGUGGCUGAGACUCUUGCCUACUCCUACGCAAAGCAAGAAAAGGUGGUAGUAAGAGUGGCGAGAAUUUUUAACACAUACGGACCGAGGAUGCAUGCCUCAGAUGGACGAGUCGUUUCUAAUUUUAUUAUGCAGGCUCUGCAAAAUUUGACAAUUACGGUCUAUGGAAACGGAAAACAGACCCGGUCGUUCUGUUAUGUUUCUGACUUGGUCGAUGGUCUGCUAGCAUUGAUGGAUUCUAGUUACACUCUGCCCGUUAACAUAGGAAAUCCAGUCGAACAUACUAUUGAAGAAUUUGCAGUGAUAAUAAAAGACCAAGUCCCCGGAUGUAGGAGUACAGUGGCAACUGGUGCGGCUGUAGAAGACGACCCUCAAAGGCGAAGGCCGGAUAUCGCCAUCGCGGAGAAACAUUUACAUUGGUCUCCUAAGAUAUCAUUACAAGAAGGAUUACAACGGACCAUAGAUUAUUUUAAAGAAGAACUGUCAAGAACCACAUUUUAUAAUAACCAAACUUAUAUGGAUGCCAAUGUUAAACUCUUACACUAG